GAUGAUGUUGAGGAUGAUGAUGAUGAUGAUGAUGAGGAUGAUGAUGGAAAUGAUGAUGAGGAUGAUGAUGAGGAUGAUGAUGAUGAGGAUGAUGAAGAGGGUGUUGAUGAGGAGGAUUACGGGGAUGCUGAUGAGGAUGUUGAUGAUCAUGAUGAGGAUGCUGAUGAGCAUGAUGACGAGGAUGAUGAUGAUGAUGAUGAUGAUGAUGAUGAUGACGAGGAUGAUGACGAGGAUGAUGAGAAUGAAGAUGAUGAUGAGGAUGAUGAUGAGGAUGAUGAUGGGGACGAUGUUCAGGAUGAUGAUGAGGAGGAGGAGGAGGAGGAGGAGGCGGAGGAUGAUGAGGAUGAUUAUGAGGAUGACGAUGAGGAUGACGAUGAGGAUGAUGAUGAGGAUGUUGACGAGGAUGAUGAUGAGCAUGAUGAUGAGGAUGAUGAUGAUGUUGAUGAUGAGGAUGAUGAUGAGGAUGAUGAUGAGGAUGAUCAUGAGGAUGAUGACGAGGAUGAUGAUGAGGAUGAUGAUGAGCACGAAGAUGAGGAUGAUGAUGAGGAUGAUGAUAAGUAUGAUGAUGAGGAUGACGAUGAUGAUGAUGAUGUGGAUGAUGAUGAGGAAAAUGAUGAGGAUGAUGAUGAGUAUGUUGAUGAAUAUGAUGUUGAGGAUGAUGAUGAGGAUUAUGAUGAGGAUGAUGAUGAGGAUGAUGAUGUGGAUGAUGAUGAGGAUGAUGAUGAGGAUGAGGAUGAUGAGCAUGUUGAUGAGCCUGAUGAUGAGGACGAUGUUAAGGAUGAUUUCGAUGAGGAUGAUGAUGAUGAUGUGGACGUUGAUGAGGAUGAAGAUGAGGACAACGAUGAUGAUGAUGAUGAGGUUGAUGAUGAUGAGGAUGAUGAUGAGGAUGAUGAUGAGAAUGAUGAUAAGGAUGAUUUCGAUGAGGAUGAUGUGAUUGAUCAUGAGGACGAUGAUCAGGAUGUUGAUGAAUAUGAUGUCGAGGAUGAUGAUGAGGAUGAUGAUGAGGAUGAUGUUGAGGAUGAUGAUGAAGACAACGAUGUUGAUGAUGAUGAGGAUGAUGAUGAGGAUGAUGAUGAGGAUGAUGAUAAGGAAGAUGUCUAUGAAGAUGAUGUGCUUGAUCAUGAGAACGGUGAUGAGGAUGAUGAUGAGGAUUAUGAUGAGGAUGAUGAUGAGGAUGAUGAUGAGGAUGAUGAUGAGGAUGAUGAUAAGGAUGAUUUCGAUGAGGAUGAUGUGCUUGAUCAUGAGGACGAUGAUCAGGAUGUUGAUGAAUAUGAUUUCGAGGAUGAUGAUGAGGACAACGAUGUUGGUGAUGAUGAGGAUGAUAAUGAGGAUGAUGAAGAGGAUGAUGAUGAGGACGACGACGAGAAUGAUGAUGAGGAUGAUGAUGAGGAUGAUGAUGAGGAUGUGGAUGAUGAUGAUGAUGAUGAGGAUGAUGAUGAGCUCGAUGAUGAGGAUGAUGAUGCGGAUGAUGAUGAGGAUGAUGCUGAGGUUGAUGAUGAGGAUGAUGAUGAGGAUGAUGAUGUGGAAGUUGAUGAGGAUGAUGAUGAGGACAACGAUGAUGAUGAUGAUGAGGAUGAGGAUGAUGAGGAUGAUGAUGAGGAUGAUGAAGAGGAUGAUGAUAAGGAUGAGGUCUAUAAUGAUGAUGUGCUUGAUCAUGAGGAUCAUGAUCAGUAUGAUGAUGAGCAUGAUGAUGAGAAUGAUGAUGAGGAUAAUGAUGAGGAUGAUGAUGAGGAUGAUGAUGACGAUGAUGACGAGGAUGAUGAUGAUGAUGAUGAUGAUGAUGAUGAUGAUGAUCAUGAUGAUUAG